CUCUGUUUUGAAAUUGUAACAACACUGUCUUGCGCACUCUCACACACAACAGGCCGCAACCGGGAUUUUUUUUGGUCUUUCCGUCACAUCUGUUUAUAUAAGAAGGUUGAAAGACAAGAUGAGAGGUCUUCAAAAUUGCUACAGAUUUCUCAUUAGCAGAAGGAGCUACAGCAGCCAAACAUGGGACUCUCUUGCAACAUCCCAACAGGUUACCUUGCCACUUAAUUUCCUCCAUGGAAGACGAGUUGAUGCUCGGGGAAACACUUCCUUCAAGCUCAUAGCUCCUGCCACAGGGCUGCCCCUGAGAUCAGUUUCCAACUCAAAUGACGACGAUGUUCAAGAGGCAGUGCAAGUGGCCAGGAACUCCUUCAGGACCUGGUCAAAGAUGUCAGGAUUUGAACGAGGUCAAGUGCUGAAAAGAGCAGCAGACAUAUGCAGGAAAAGGGUGGAAGAGCUUGCCCGUACUGAAGUGUUGGAUACUGGAAAGCCAAUCUGGGAGGCUCGCUAUGACAUUGAAGGGUGUGCAGACACAAUCGAGUACUACGGAGGUUUAGCUGCUGCUAUUGCAGGUGACUUCCUACAGCUUUCGGGCGGCAGCUUCGCUUACACAGUGCGGGAGCCACUCGGAGUUGUAGGGGGAAUUGGGGCUUGGAACUAUCCCUUCCAGAUGGCGGCCUGGAAGUCUUCGCCUGCCCUGGCAUGUGGCAACACCAUCGUGUUCAAGCCAUCCCAAUUCACCCCACUCACAGCGGUCAUGUUGGGGGAAAUCUAUCAAGAGGCGGGGUUGCCUGAUGGCUGUUACAAUGUUGUGCAGGGAGAGGGAGCCACUGGUCAGAUUCUCACAUCGCACCCGGGUAUUGACAAGGUCACAUUCACAGGCAGCGUAGCCACUGGCAGUCGCAUUAUGGCCACCUGUGCCAAGGAUGUGAAACAUGUCACAUUAGAGCUUGGUGGAAAGUCUCCAUUGAUCAUUUUUGCUGACGCCCACCUUGAAAAUGCUGUAAAAGGUGCAAUGUUGGCCAACUUUAGUAACCAGGGACAGGUAUGCUCCAACGGCACCCGUGUGUUUGUGGAAGAGAGCAUAGCAGAAGAGUUUCUGUCUAUGUUGAAAACUAGAGUUUCCAAGAUGAAAAUUGGCGACCCCAUGCUAGAGGAUACCACUGUGGGAGCAUCUAUCAGUGAGGAGCAAGCGAAGAUAGUCUUAGGGUAUAUCGAUAUUGCCAAGAAAGAGGUGAGUUCAGUUUUAGAUUUGAACUCGAAAAUAUGUUCAGUUACAAACAUUUAAUUUGAGAACAAAAUU